ACUGAGUCCCAACAUUGAACAAAGAUGGCGGCCAGAGAGGGAAAAGAGAUUGACUUUUCUCAAAUUAAAAAUAAGCAAAGACGGAGUUCUCUCUACCAGAAAGAAAAGCUCAAGAAAGCAAAAGAAAAAAGGGAUAGAAAACGUAAACGAAAACAGGAUGAAUCACAGGAAGAAGGAGAGCCUAAACCAAAGCAAGUUCCAAGAACUAUUGACAACACUCGAGUUGCUGAUGAGACCAUUGUAGAGCCACAGGAUGAGGAGGUCUUAAAUGAUGAAGAAACUGAUGAGUUUGCGGCAUACUUUAGAUGCGAGGUAGUACCCAAGGUCCUUAUCACAUCAAGUGACAGAUCAAAAGUGAAAACAGUACAGUUUAUGAAGGAACUUCAACGCAUCAUCCCAAAUUCCGAGGUCCGUGUUCGGAAGGGUAUAGAUUUGAAGAAAAUUAUUCCUCAAGCUAAGGAAAAAGGAUUUACAGCUCUUGUUGUUGUCAAUGAAGACAAAAAAAUGCCAAAUGGAAUAGUGAUAAGUCAUUUACCAGAUGGACCAACUGCACACUUUAAAUUGACCAGCGUGAAACUUGGCAGGACAAUCAAGAACCAUGGUCGUAAGACAAGCCACAGACCAGAGGUUAUACUCAAUAACUUUAGCACACGUCUUGGUCAUUCUGUGGCUCGUCUUCUAGCUGCCCUCUUCCCUUAUGAUCCCCAGUUUCAAGGCAGACAGUGUGUUACUUUUCAUAACCAGCGAGACUUCAUUUUCUUUAGACAUCACAGAUAUAUUUUUAAGAACCAAAAGAAGGCAGGGCUGCAAGAAUUGGGCCCCAGAUUUACACUUAAGCUCCGCUCUUUACAACGAGGAACUUUUGAUUCCAAGUUUGGAGAAUAUGAAUGGAUUCAUAAGAGAAAAGAGAUGGAUACAAGCCGCAAAAAGUUCUUCCUUUGAUCUUACAAGAUUGCCUGAAGUAAUUUAAUCAUCUUUUUUAAUUUAGAUACUUAAUCUCUCUUAGGGAUUUCACCUCUCUUUGAGGCAGAGGAUUUUCUUUUCUUAACCCUUCACAUCCUAGAAUCAGUUUGCAUAUUCUCCAUACUGUUCUCUAUACAAUUCCUAAGGUGCUGGUAAGGAGAAUUUGUUCAACAAUUUUGGGAUUCUUUAGUUGGUGAUCAUUUCCUUUAUUCUUGUGACCUUAAUGUGUGAUUCAGGAGUGAUAUUGUAAGGAGAAAUUAAAUUUUAGUCACUCCUAGGGUCAAAGGUUUAAAGGAACCUAUUAGAAAAGGGAGACUGUGUUUAAACUUUUAGUAAUCUGUGAGACAGCCAGAUAUGUUGCUCAAUCCCUCAAGAGUUACUAAAAAUUAGCAAUUUGAAUUGACUUAAAUGUGAAAAAUCUGCUCAGAGAACCAUCAACAACUCCAUCAUCAUCAUCAUCUUUGUCGCAACUAUGAUUAUUUCCAUUGUGUCAAAUUCUCAUAGAGUGAAAAUCUAUGAAAAAAAUGUUCUUAUCUGCUUCUGUAUCCUCUCCAAAGUAAGGCUCUUACUUCAUAGGUGGGGAUAUAAAAAAGUGAAAAUUGAUAUUUGCCAGAAAUACAAAAAAGUAUAUUUCUUCAAAGUGAAAUGUUAUGCCUUCAGUUACUUGUAAAAUAUUUUACAGAUCAUUAUUUAUGUUUUAUAAUUAAUGAAAUGAAUGUAUUUGGUCUCUUUUGGUCUGAAGGUUUUCCAUGUGACUGCAUACUUCUAU